AUGCAAUAUAUACCGAGUACACCUCAAUUUUAUGUAUCGAAUAUAUGCAAUGUAUUACAAAACAUUGUCAAUGCACCAGGAAGACAAGCACGUCUUAUUAUGCUUAUUGUAUGUAUUGCAUUAUUACUUGAUAAUAUGUUAUAUAUGGUUAUUGUUCCAAUUAUUCCGGAUUAUUUGACUAGUAUUGGAGAAUGGACAACUAUUAUAAAGAAUAUUUCAAAUAGAUAUUCUACUCAUAUUCAAAAUGAAGAUAUGGCAGUUGGAUUUUUAUUUGCUUCGAAAGCAAUAGUUCAAUUACUCAUAAAUCCAUUUAGUGGUGCAUUAAUUGAUCGUAUUGGUUAUGAUAUACCAAUGUGUAUUGGACUUAGUGUUAUAUUUGUAUCAACAAUGGUAUUUGCAUUUGGAAAAUCAUAUGGUCUUUUAUUUUUUGCAAGAAGUCUUCAAGGUGUUGGAUCAGCAUUUGCCGAUACAUCAGGUUUAGCUAUGAUUGCUGAUCGAUAUCAAGAUGAAAGUAGUCGAAGUCGACACUUAGGAAUUGCCCUAGCAUUUAUUUCAUUUGGCUCACUUGUUGCUCCACCAUUUGGUGGAUUUUUAUAUCAAUUUUUUGGUAAACGUGUACCAUUUAUUACUUUAGCUUUAAUAGCUCUAUUUGAUGGUAUACUUCUUCUUACUAUUAUGUAUUCGACUCGAGUUCAAUCUGAUAAUAAUUCUACAAUUAAAAAACCGAAAGGAACACCAAUUUGGCGUUUAUUAAUGGAUCCUUAUAUAACUAUAUGUGCCGGAGCAUUAGCUAUGGCAAAUGUUGGUUUAGCAUUUCUUGAACCAACAAUAUCAAUAUGGAUGCGUCAAGAAAUGAAUGCAACUGAAUGGCAAAUGGGUUUAAUAUGGUUACCUGGCUUUCUUCCACAUAUUUCUGGUGUGUUUUUGACUGUUAAACUUUAUGAAUAUUAUCCAAAUUAUCAAUGGUUAUUAGCUGCUAUUGGACUUGUACUUCAAGGUGUAAUGUGUUUGUUAAUACCAUUUUGCACAAAUUUUGGUUUACUGAUGAUACCAAUAAGUGGAAUAUGUUUUGGAAAUGCUCUAGUUGAUACAGCUCUAUUACCAACACUUGCUUAUAUUGUUGAUGUUCGUCAUACAUCAAUUUAUGGAUCUGUUUAUGCUAUUGCGGAUAUAUCAUAUUCAGUUGCAUAUGCCAUGGGUCCCAUUGUUGCCGGUUCAAUUGUUCAUACAACGAAUUUUUUUACAUUAAAUAUUCUUAUUUUUCUUAGUAGUAUAUUAUAUGCACCUGCUUUAUAUAUAUUACGUCAUUUUUAUGCAUACAAACCAAUGGAAAAUAAUGAAACACAAUCUCUUCGUCAUCAAUCUUCUCAUCAAAGCAAUUUAGAAUAUUAA